AUCAUCAUGGCUGCAGCCUGCACCUCUCUGCUCCCGGUUUCUUCUCUCCUCUGAGCCUUUUCCUGCUGUCCUAAAGCUCCAGUUUCUCUUCUCUGGUCUGAGGAGUCGUGACUUUCAUGGCUUUGAAGCUGAUCCAGAGACGUCCGCUGCUCCGGCAGUUGGGGCUCCAGCGUUACCCUCCCGUCGUCCCCGUCUGCUCCUCCAGACUCCUGAGCAGCAGCAGCAGCCCUGCAGCUCCGCCCUCAUGCAUCACCUGCCUUUCCACAUCAGCCAGCCGCUGCAUCCAUAAACAGGGCUGCUUGAAGCUACAGCCGGACAGCAGUGGAGUGAGGAGCCUAGCAACCGUCGUCAGGGAGCCGUCCUUCAUCUCCAGCAGCUCCGUCGGACUCCACAAAGACUCGGCUCCCAGGUUUCGUCUGACCCAGCUGCACCGACCCACCGCUGCAGAGGAGCAGGCGUUCCAGCAGCGUUUGGAGAACUCGUCGUCGUCCCGGCAGGUUUUCAAACUCCUGCGAACGGUUGAGAUCAUAUCCGACACCAUGGCGGCCGCCGCGCUUCACCGUGUGGCCGAUUUGGAGCAGGAAGGCAACGCUCUGAAGGAUCCGGCCGUGCUGGAGAACGACACCAUCACGGCUUUGUGCUGCCAGCUGGAGAAGGACUCCGGGCGGCUGACGGAUGCAGGGCUGGUAUCGGCUCUACUGGCCUGCACUCGGCUCUUCCUGGAUCCUUGGAGCACGCUGAUGGUGCGGCUGGUGUCGGAGAGCCAGGAGAGGCUGGACCGGCGGCAGAUGAGCGUGGGGGAGCUGUGCAUUCUGGGUCAAGCCAUGCUCGCCGUGGAGGGUCGCGGCAGUGUGAUGCUGGACGAGGUGAUGGAGCAAAUCCAGAAGCAGGAGCCGGCUCAGUGGAGCUUAGCGGACCUGGAGGCGGUUUAUCGACUUCUGCAGAGCGGCGUGGGCGUAGACGGGAAAUACAGAGAUCUAUUGAACGCCAUGCACACUCACGCCGUCACCGUCACCUACCGGAUGAACCCCGCGGCCGUCAGCGGGCUACUCAGCGCCCUCGUCACCCUGAAGCAGAACCAGGCCAUGCCGCUGGUGAUCAGUCUGUGUAAGCAGGCGGUUCGGCACAUACCUCACUUCACCGACGACGAGCUCAGCCUGGUGCUCGUGGCGCUGAUGCACUUCGGCCACAGCGAUCAUUACUUCGUGGAGGCGAUGGAGAGGUACGUACCCAGGAUGGCGUUCACCUCCCACCCAGAGACGGUUACCAAGGUGAUACAGUUCUUCGGCCGGAGGAACAUCCUGUCCCCGGCGGUGUUCGACGCCGUCGCCGAGAGCUUCGUGUACCGAGCGGACGACUACAGCACCAGCCAGGUGGCGAGGCAGAUCGUGCCUUUCGGGAAGCUGGGAUACGUCCCGCCCAACGCUGCGGACUUGUUCAGGAAGGUUGAAUCCAUCCUGAGAACACGCUUCUCACACUUCCAGCCUCGCAUGCUGCUCAACCUGCUCCACGCCUGCAUCCUGGUGGAGAGGUUCCCCGUUAACUUCGUCUCCAAAGUUUUUAGCAGCUUCUUCCUCCAGCAGCUGGAAGAGGGAGGCACGAAAACGGAUCGGGUGGUUCUGGCGCAGCUGACUCAGCUCUACAUGACGUUGAAGUUAGAGUGUCCUUUCUACGAGGGUCCGAGGCUUCUCUCCAAAUACCGCAUCAAGUCUUUCCUCACAUCCGGACACACUGUGGAAACACCGGUGGACGUACAUCUGUACCACUCGGUCAAAUCUGGGCUGGUGGAUUUACUCGGAGCUCGAUCGUACUUUGGGUCUCGAGUCCUGACGCCGUGCUGCUACACGCUAGAUGUGGAGAUAAAGCUCGACGAGGAGGGAUACGUGUUGCCUGCCAGUCAGGAAGACGAUGUUUAUAAGAGGAUAGCCAUUUGUAUCGAUGGACCUAAAAGAUUCUCCACAAACAAGAGGCAGCUACUCGGGAAAGAGGCGAUUAAACAGCGACACCUGAGGCUGCUGGGAUAUGAAGUCGUGCAGAUCCCUUUCUAUGAGAUAGAAAAACUGCGAAACAGGACCAGUGUGGUUGAGUAUCUGCACCAGAAGAUCUUCCCACACAGCUACAGACUGAGCUGGUGAUGAUUUCAACAUCUCUAUCACAUCUUCUUCAGCUUAAUAAAACAGAUUAUUUAUUUUUGCUAAAAGACUCUUUGCCAUGACUUAAAUAAUAAUGUGUUUAAGUUAUUGAUUUAUGCACUUGCACAUAUUUAA